GAGAGAGGAGGGUUAAGGGUUUAGGUCCCAUCAUAACCCUACUUUCCUACACUCUUUCGGCUCUCUUUCGUUUCUCCACUCCAUCGCUGCGCUUCUUCGGCGGAUCGCGCUGAUCGCAGUGUCUGACUGUUUGUUGCAAGGGGCUCGGAUUUCCGCUUCGUAGCCAUGGAGCCAGCCGAUUUUGAGGCGUUGCCGGAGGAGGACAAGCACCGUAUGUCCUUCAUGAUCGACCAGCUUCAAGUUCGUGACAGCUUGAAAAUGUACAAUUCCUUGGUGGAGAGGUGCUUCUGUCACUGCGUGGAAAGUUUCCGGAGGAAGACUUUGGACAAGCAAGAGGAGACCUGUGUCAAGCGGUGUGCCGAGAAGUACUUGAAGCAUUCUAUGCGAGUCAGCAUGCGCUUUGCAGAGUUGAAUCAGGGUGCCGCAACCUCCGAUUAACCGUGAAGCGUUAGCCCAACUGAGUGGGUCUAGUUUACUACUUACGAAGUCUUGUUCCUUCAGCCUGGCAGCGAAUCUACUUCCUGGCACGUGACCUAUUUUUGUGGUGACUUUGACUCAUGAAUUGUAGAACCGCGCCUUGCAACCCCAUUGCCUUGAUUCUCAAUUCCAAUGCACCUACUUGUUUGCUGGUUACUGUAUUUGAAUAGACAGGCGUGUUGUGUAUACAUGUGCUCAUAUUGCACGGUUCCUUGCACAAAGUGGGGUACUUUGCUACUGUGCUGCCGCUUGGAAUAUUUCAAACUUGGGAUUAUGUGGAGUAAUCAUGGGAUAGUUUUCUACAAAGGAAUCUUGCUUUGAAGGUUCGAUUUCUGUACUGCAAAUGACUGAUGGGAACAUCGAAGUAAACAAUUGCGUGUUGCUGACUGUAGAGUCUAAUUGUUA